GGCCGCGCUUUCUAACUGGUGUCUGGAUGCGAGAUCGCCGAAUUUCUGCACUCUGUCCGACGGAAAGCGCACAUUGUGUGAGGGCGGAUGAGGGCACCGCUGAUCUAGACCGAAGAUGGGCUGGCAAAAUGUGAGAUGUAACGCUGUGGUUGAGCCGCCACAGAAGAUUUGCGAUGGCGUGCUCUGCCCGUAGCCUAUUCCCGCCAAGUAUCGUGGAAAUUCGCCCCGGCUGAAACCAAUCGGUCUGCGAUCAACCAGCUUCCUGCCCAGCUCGCGCCAUUCAAGGGACCAGAUUUGCAAUGCUUGUCCCGCUCGGCCCCGAUGCUGGGUUGGCCGCCCGCCGUCAGAUAAAUGCUUGCACCGCGCGGCGAAAGCUUCGCCGUUUUGUGCACGUAGGUUUCGUCUGUCGACCACCACGCCAACAUGCCUCUCAUUUCCAAGAACGAAGAGCUCAUCGGGCCGGGCGUCGGAAUUGAUGGCCAGGUUCAUUCCAUCCCGACACACCGGGACGUCAACGAACAUCGCAGGGCGUCGAUUGAACAGGCCCUCGAUGUCGACAAGGCUGAUAUGAGCGACGAGAAACGCGGCGUGGCCGUCGAGACCACUGAAGUCGUCAGCGAAAGCGAAGUAGACUUCGAUGAUGACCGGGUGAUUGUUACUGGUGCAGACGCUGCUCUCCAUCUCUUGCCCCUCCGCGAUGAUGGUGAUCCCUCCAUCACCUUUCGAGGCAUCUUCCUCGCCACUGUCCUUGCCGGCUUCAUGGCCGUCCUGCAGCAAAUCUACACUUUCAAACCCACCUAUGUGUCUCUCUCCGGUACCUUCAUCGUUCUGUUGGCUUACUUCCUCGGCAAAGCCUGGGCGGAUUUCUUGCCCCGUGGUGACAUCUGGGAAGCGCGGUGGAGAGCACGUGGCGGUCAAGGCAAGACACCUCUCGGGAUUCGAAUCCUUUCCUUCUUCAACUACGGUCCGUGGGGUCUGAAGGAGCACUCCGUGAGUGCCAUUACCGCGACCUCUGCCUCCAAUGCGGCCGCGAGCAGCAUGGUCUUUGCUGCCGGGACGUUGUUCUACGACAUCCCUCUCAACGCCACGACUGUCAUUCUCAGCACUUGCUCCAUCGGGCUGUUCGGAUACGGCCUCUGCGGUCUCAUGCGUCCCAUCACCGUCUGGCACGUCGAAUCCGUGUACUGGAGCAACCUUCCCAUUGUCAAGUCGCUGCAAGGCCUUCACUGGCAGGAAGUGAAGAAGUCCAAACCCCUCCGCUACUUCUGGUAUGCAUAUGGCACCAUGACGUUGUACGAGGCGCUGCCCGCAUACAUCUGGCCCUGGCUCAACUCCGUCUCCGUUCCAUGUCUGGCAUCCAUGCAUGCCACUGGCAACACCGGCUCUAUUUUGACCAACCUCUUUGGUGGCGCCGAGACCAACGAGGGUCUGGGGCUCUUCAACUUUGGCUUCGAUUGGCAAUACAUCACCUCGAGCACCACCUCGCUUCCCUUGAAAUAUCAGGUCAAUGCGGCGCUUGGAUUCAUCACGUGCUACAUUGCCAUGAUCAUCGUCUACUACGGCAACAUCUGGAAUGCGCAAUCGCUGCCGUUCAUGUCCUCCGAGCUCCGCUCCGCAGAUGGAGGCUACUACCCCAUCGCGCAGGUCUUUGUCCAGGGAGUGUUGGAUGAGGAGGCCCUCAAGAAGUACGGCCUGCCCAAGCUGACCGGCACCUUUGCAUGGGGGUUGUUCAUCGCCAACGCUGCCAUUGGUGCUCUCAUCGUGCACUGCAUCCUCUUCUGGGGCAAGGACAUCCUCAACACCUACCGUAUGGCUCGUAAAGGUCGCUUCGAUGACCGCCAUCACAACUACAUGGCCCAGCAUUACAAGGAAGUCCCGUGGUAUUGGUACAUGGCAAUCCUGGUCGUCAGCUUCAUCCUCGGUCUUAUUGUCUGCCUGAAGGAGAACAUCCAUCUUCCCGUCUGGGCCUACAUCGUGGCGUUGAUCCUGGGAUGCAUCAUUGCGCCAUUCAGCACCAUCCUAUACGCUCGUUACGGCAACGGCAUUGCGACCAACAAUUUGUCGAAGAUGAUUGCUGGUCUGCUCAUCCCCGGCCGUCCGGUCGGCAACAUGUACUUUGCCGCCUGGUCGCACAACGUCAUUCUCAACGCCGUCAAUCUUUCUGCCGAUCUGAAGAUGGGCGAAUACCUGAAAAUCCCCGCGCGCACCAUGCUGGUCACCCAAAUGUGGGGUACCAUCUUUGGCGGCUUCGUGAACUACGUGGUGAUGGUGUCGAUUGUCGACUCCAACAAGGCCCUCCUGGCAAACGGCAACGGCAAUGCAUCGUGGAGCGGUGCCACCAUGCAGGGCUACAACUCCAACGCAACCUCUUGGGCACUUGCCAAGUACCUCUACAAGUUUGGCGAUGAAUACUACAUGGUGCCCAUGGGCAUGCUGAUCGGCGGGGCCAUGGUCGUUGUUCACUGGCUCUUUUCCAAAUGGGUGACUCAAAUCAAAGGCUUCCGCGUCGACGACCUCAACCUGCCGCAGUUCAUCCAAUACGCCGGCUUCAUCCCCUACAACCAGCCGCAGACGUGCGUCAUCUUCAACAUGUUCACCAUCAGCUUCUUCAUUCAGUACUACCUGCGCAACUACCACCCGCGCAUCUUCAAGGACUACACCUACCUGGUCACGGCAGCGUGGGACGGCGGCAGUCUUACGACCAUCUUCAUCCUGUCGUUUGCCGUGUUUGGUGCUGGCGGCAAGUCGUAUCCCUUCCCGCAAUGGUGGGGCAACAAUGUGAAUGGCAACUACGAUUUCUGCCCGACCACUUAGAUGGGGGAGAGGUGAAGGCGGGGCGUAGUGGAGCGUGGGCAGAUAUUUGUUAGCAGUGGAUCACUCUAGAGCUCAGCUUGUAGCGUUAUUGUUCUAAUGAAGAGUGUGCCCAUUCUAGAGUGUGCCCAUUCUACCUACAGACCUGUCUCGAUGCUCAUUGACCGUGUCCAAGGUGCAGCAGGACGGGGUUAGGGAGAAGGAAGGUGACGGUCAGUGUUUGAUUGGGAAGCUUGGCCUGCCCAUGCGCAAGAUCUCGCGCUACGAUCGAUCC